UGCAGGGACGCCGGGCGGAAUUUCUAGUGAUCUGAGCCGGGGCGCGGGGGUGGUGGUGUGGUGGUGAACUGGUAGUCCUUGCCCGCUCCGGAACGCGACAAUCCCCACGCACCCGGCGUGUCCUGCUCCGGGCCUCCAGCCCCGGGGCCCGGGCCCACGUGAGGCCGACGUGGACCCAGCCUCCCCGGCGAUUUUUUAUAAGCUCCCGGCAGCGUCGUGUGGAGCUCAGCCAUUCGGCGAGCAGGUAGUUCAGUUCAGGGACCGGUAGCGCGGGCAACAGGCGCGCAACACGGUUGCAUCAGUUCGUGUGGAGCUCAGCAUCCCUAGCUCGCUUGGAGUGUACUACGAGUCUACGUCUCUACGACUGAGCUGAGGAUGGAGAGCAGCCUGCUCGACACCGCCGCAGCUGCCGCUAGUCUCUGCGCGGCGGCGGGCGGGCGCCGCCGUGCCGGGAGCACGGCGAGCUUCCUCAGCUGCUCCUGCUCCCCAAGAGACUGCAGGGUGAGCGCGUCCUACUCCCGCUCCAUCAGCCGGAUGCUGAGCGGGGUGCGGUCGGCGGCGCGCAGGAAGCUGUUCAGGGCCGACCCGGCCGACCUGCUGGGCGUCGCCAACUGGCCCGAGGCGGGCGUCGCCGGGCACCACCAGCAGCAGCACUGGUGGGCGGCGCUCGAGCACAACUUCGUGCUGGAGUCCACCGACGACGAGUACGGCGGGGUCGUCGUCGACGCCGACAGGCUGCCGGCCGACAAAGCCGCCUUCGCGCGCUCGCUCGCCGCGUCGCUCUCCUACUGGAAGUCCGUGGGGAAGAAAGGGGUGUGGUUGAAGUUACCGGUGGAUCGUGCCGAGUUCGUUCCCUUGGCAGUAAAGGAAGGUUUCAAGUACCACCACGCUGAGGAAUCGUACUUGAUGAUGACGUACUGGAUCCCUGACGAGCCAAACAUGCUCCCAGCAAAUGCUUCUCAUCAGGUUGGAGUUGGGGGCUUUGUGAUCAAUGAUCAAAUGGAGGUCCUAGUUGUGCAGGAGAAGUAUUGCGGUUCGUCGCUGGAUGGUGUGUGGAAACUCCCCACAGGUUUCAUUCUUGCGUCGGAGGAGAUCUAUACGGGGGCUAGCAGGGAGGUGAAGGAGGAAACCGGGGUCGACACCGAGUUCGUUGAUGUCGUUGCUUUCAGGCAUGCCCACAACGUCGCGUUUCAGAAGUCCGACCUGUUCUUCAUCUGCAUGCUGAGGCCUGUAUCGAGUGAGAUCAAGAUUGAUGAGACAGAGAUUCAGGCAGCAAAGUGGAUGCCGCUGGAGGAGUUCGUGAAGCAGCCCUUCAUCCAGGAAGACCACAUGUUCCAGAAGAUCAUGGACAUCUGCAUCCAGUGCCUGCGCAAGUGCUACUGCGGCCUGACGCCGCACCACGUCGUCUCCAGGUUCGACGACCGGACGUCGACACUGUACUACAACGUCGCCGAGCCAGAGGACGUGAACUGCAGCGCCACCUGACGAAGCGAUCGCCGCCCAGCCUAUACCUUAGUAGUACGAUUGCUGCAAGUGUGCAAACAGCUGAAACUGCAAGGCAAUAGUGUUGCCGAGCCUGUAAAUAUAUUUGUAGGAUGACAGAUCGGUAGCUGCAGUUUGGAUAGUGAAUAUCUGUAUUCAGAUCCUCGGCAAUAAAGAAGUCCGAAACUGUGCACCCGAUCAAAAAACAAGA